CAAACCCCCAGAACUGAGCCUCUACUUUGGUCUAUCCUCUUUGGAUUUAAGCAUCAACAGAAUGAAGCCUGAUAAAAACAAGGACAAAUUAUCAAGAUCUAAUAAAAAUGUGACUAAUAGAAAAGAAACGCAAACCAAGAAACCCUUCGAUAAAAAAACUUACAGAUUGAAAAAGUACAGCAAUAAGUACAAAGUGGAUCAGUGGGAAGAUCGGCGGAAGAAGGCUGUAUUACGUGGAUUUUACAAAGAGCUUGAGAGAGACAAUAAGAACGCUGCAUCAAAAGCGUUAUUGAGUCCGUCGAACAAUUCUUCAGAAGAAAAGACAGCGGAAACUCCCAAGAAGAAGCGAAAUGCUUUCCAUUCGGCAAAGCUUGAAUUUCAGCGAAAGCAGGACGCGAAAAAACAGCAGAACGCUCAACGGGCCCGGGUGAAAGCCGAAAGAGAGGAAGCCCUUCAGAAAUACAAACAAAAACGGAUGGAUAAUUAUAAAAAAUUGUCAAAGAAAACGAAAAAAGGUCAACCAGUAAUGAAAGACAGACUGGAAAUGCUUCUGGAAAAAAUUCAACAAAACACUUGACCUUAUCAAAUGACCAUUACAAUAUUUAUUCAUUCUUGGAAAUCUUGUUAUAAUAAAUUUGGGAUUGAAUUGACCUA